UUUUCUCUUACAAUCUCAUAAACCAGUUUUAAUUUUAAACCCAGAGUUGUUACAAAAGUAAAAUGAAAAACAGACAAAGGGUUCUUGUUUAAGUGUUUGCAUGUCUUUUACAUUGAUCUCAAAUUUUGUACCGUUUGUUGUCACUUCUGUAACAACAAUGGCGGAAAUAAACCCAUGAGGAGGAUUAUUUAGAAAAUACCCUCUAGGCCUCUGCAGCUGAAAUCCCCAGGGUUAAUUUAAAAGGAGAGGCCUUUUUGAUUGGAGGAUGAAAGAGGGGAAAUUGAGGUCAAGGGUUUAAUGGCAGGAUGGUCAAGUUUCAAUAUUAGUUCAUGUUCAUACACUGAUGUUGAGGUUGAGGUGUUUGAUGAAUGUGAGGACAGGUUAAAGAGAUUGUUUGAUCAAGCUCUGUUGAUUUUUCUUGAGGAAGAGGGAAAUAACAGGCCUCUCCCUGCGAUUCUCGGUGAGGGUGAAACGGUUGAUUUGUUUAAGCUGUUUGUGUUGGUGAGGGAGAGAGAAGGGUUUGAUUCUGUGUCUAGGAAAGGCUUGUGGGAAUCAGUGGCUGAGAAAUUAGGGUUGGAUUGCUCAGUCUCUCCAUCUUUGAGGUUGAUUUACUCCAAGUAUUUGGACCAGAUGGAGAAAUGGGCAGUGGAGAAAUCCAGGAUUGUGAAUUGGGAUAAUCGAGAUGGUAAAAGGAAAGGGUGUUAUGGAGGUUUGUUGCAUGAGCUAGAGGAUGGAUUCAAGGGUUUGUUGGAAAAUGGAAAGUGCAGAAAACGUAACAGAGCUAUGGCUAUCAGUUGUGAUCAUGUUGAAGAGUCUUGUUCCAAGUUCAAUGGGCCAAGGAAGAGAUUUACAGAGUGUGGUUUUAAAGAUGAUGAAGAAGUAGGAAUGUCUUGUGUUGUUAUUAGUGAUGAUGAUUCUGAGGAAGAAGGUUUAGAUUUUUCCUCCGAGAAGCAAGAAACAUUAUCAGGAAUGUUGAAGUGGCUUACUUCGGUUGCGAGAUGUCCUCAUAAUCCUUCCAUUGGUGUAAUACCACACUGGUCAAAAUGGAAGGAAUACACCGGUGAUGAAUGUUGGAUCCAAGUGACUAGAGCAAAGAAAGCUUUACUGGUUCAAAGAGACAAUGCUGAAUUCAGAUUUCAAAAUUCUUCACUUCUGGGUCACCAAACUAUGCAUCCUUCUAUGUACGAAGAUGAUCGUAAGUCGACAGGGAGGCUAAGAUACAGCGUAAGGCGUUCACAGUCAUCCAAACCACAUUCUUCCUCGUAUUGCAAUGGACGUCUGGUCUCUCUAACUAAAUCAGGAUCUAGCCAUUACAGAGAAGUGAUCACUGCUUGUGGAUCCACAACUUCUGAAAGAACAGAUCUUGUUGCAGGAACAUCUGGAGCCACAGACUUACAAGUGUACUCAAAUGCAAUCACAGAGACAAACAAACCAGAGAACCCGAGAAAGUACGUGGCUGUUGGACGUCACUUCCAAGCACGUGUUGAUGAAUGGUCAGGAUCCGGUUUAGACAGCGAUACUAAAUGGUUAGGAACACGUAUAUGGCCAUUGGAAAACGAAGAAGCUUUAGAUCAUACGCUUGGAAAUGAUUUGAUUGGAAAAGGAAGGCCAGAUUGUUGCAGCUGUGAUAUCCACCUCUCUGGUUCUGUUGAAUGCAUUAGAUUCCAUAUUGCAGAGAAGAGAAUGGAACUAAAACGUGAUCUUGGUGAUGUCUUUUUCCAUUGGAGAUUCAAUCAAAUGGGAGAAGAAGUGUCUCUAAGAUGGACAGAGAGAGAAGAGAAGAGGUUUAAGGAAAUGUUUGUUUCAGAUUCUCAGAGUUUUUGGGAAAAUGCGGCAAAGUGUUUCCGGGGGAAGAAGAGAGAGCAGCUUGUCAAUUACUACUUCAAUGUGUUCUUGAUUAACCGGAGACGAUAUCAGAACCGUGUGACUCCAAGACGGAUAGAUAGUGAUGAUGAAGAGGCUUUUGGUUCUGUGGGUAACAGUUUUGGUCGUGCUGCUGUUACUUCAUUUGGUUCAGAUAUUAUGAUUUGUUCUCAGAACAGUCAGUGUAAUGACUUUGACUGAGAACAGUCAGUGUAAUGACUUUGACUGAGAACAGUCGAAUGUUAACUCAUAAUUUUAUCUUUUGAGAUAUAAGUAUAGGAGUUUGUGGCUUUUCGUGACUUCGAA